AUGCCUUUGCCCAAGGCCAAUAACCCACUGGCUUUUACGCCGUGGCCAGUCACUAUCAUUGUGACCGUGGUGUACCUGGCCCUACUAAUCCCUGCCAUCGUCAUUCACGAAAAUGUCCCGCCCGCACCCUCGACAAGCCCCAAAGGUCUGAACCUGACCGAGGCAUGGUCCGAUCUCAAGUCCUUGACCAGUGGCUUCCACCCCUACAAUUCGCAUCAAAACGAUGAAGUUCGCUCAUGGUUGCUCGAGCGCGUCAACGCGAUCAGCCAGUCUUCCAUCGCAACAGCUGAGGUGAAGACACCAGACGUUUUCGUCUUCGACGACCUCACCUCCAACUUGACCUCGAUCGAUGGACCAACCGGCGUGUACUUUGAGGGAAACAAUAUUCUUGUCUAUAUUCGUGGCUGGGAAGAUAGUCAGGAGAACUGGUGGGAGACACCCGGGAAGUCACCUGUGGGCAAGGGUGGGGUGUUGGUGAACGCGCAUUUUGAUAGCGUGUCUACUGGAUUCGGUGCUACGGAUGAUGGCGUUGGUGUCGUCACUUGUCUACAGCUGGUGCGAUACUUUACGAGGCCUGAGAAUGCGCCGCGACGAGGUCUAGUUGUGUUGUUUAAUAAUGGCGAGGAGGACUAUUUGAACGGUGCACGCGCGUAUAGCCAGCAUCCGAUGUCGAAGUUUCCGCAUACGUUCGUUAAUUUGGAAGGUGCUGGUGCGGGUGGUCGUGCUACUCUGUUCCGUAGUUCGGACACGGAGGUCACGGAGGCUUAUGCUAAAUCGAAGUAUCCAUUUGGGUCGGUGUUGAGUGCGAAUGGAUUUGAGAAGGGUCUUAUCAAGAGUCAGACGGAUUAUGUCGUUUUUGACGGUAUGUUGGGUCUGCGCGGACUCGAUGUUGCCUUUUUUGAGCCCAGGGCGAGAUACCACACCAACCAGGACGAUGUGCAGCAUACUAGCAUGGGAGCGCUGUGGCAUAUGCUCUCUGCCGCAGUUGCCUCGACUAAAUACCUCGUUUCGGACUCAACUGACCGAUUUGAUGGUCAUGUUCGGGAUGAUGGUCUUGUGCCCAGUGGUACGGGUACUCGAGCUGUCUGGUUUGAUCUUUUUGGGAGCACUUUUGCCGUGUUCCGACUCCAUACGCUCUUCGCAUUGUCCGUGACUAUUCUCAUUGUGGCGCCUUUGGCGCUGUUGGUGACUAGUAUUGCUUUGUCGAAGGUUGACAAGAUGUACCUUUUCCGCUCGUCUAUGCGCGCGGAAAUCGGCGACGAGAAGGUUUCUCUUCGAGGCUUACGAGGAUUCUUCCGCUUUCCAUUUCUGCUUGUUAUCCCUACAGCUGUCACGGUUGGACUAGCGUACCUGGUGACAAAGGUCAAUCCUUUCAUUGUGCAUAGCAGUACUUAUGCCGUAUGGAGUAUGAUGAUCAGUGCCUGGGUGUUCUUGGCCUGGUUCGUGUCUUGUGUUGCUGACUUUGCUCGACCAUCCGCAUUCCACCGUGUAUACACUUGGACCUGGAUUUUUGUCCUGACCUGGGCUAUGCUGGUUGUGGCUACAGUUUACGAGAACGAAGAUAGCCUGGCUGGGGGAUACUUUAUGUUCUUCUAUUUUGCUGGGGUUUUCCUGGCAACGUGGAUCUCUUACCUUGAGCUGUUCUCUCUCCCUACGAAAUCAGAGUAUCUCGGAUACUCCUUCCCCGGAUCUCGACGACCUAGCGGGUUCAGUGGGGUUGGAAGCCGACCUGGUACCUCCUCUAGAGACGACCACCACGAAGAUGAGAACGCCACUGAAGAAAUGCCUACUGAAUCUACCUCGCUGCUGCAUGGUCAGCAAAGAACUACAUUUGCCAAUUAUGUCAAUGUAUCUGGUGAUAAUGCAGAUGAAGGGGAUGAUACCGAAGAAGAAGAUCCUGAUGUCUAUGGACGUGAACAAUCAUGGAGCGCUUCGAUGCCACGCUGGACCUGGGUCCUACAAUUACUUGCUACAGUUCCCGUUAUUCUUAUGCUGAUUGCUCCAAUUUCACUCUUGUUGACCAGCGCCCUGCAUCAGACAGGUCAAGAUGGCAACCCGCAAUUAUUUGUGUACAUUUCCAUCGCUAGCUUGACAGCUGUGCUGUUCAUGCCGAUGCUGCCAUAUAUACAUCGCUACACCUAUCACAUUCCGAUAUUCUUACUCCUUGUAUUAUUUGGUACUCUCAUCUACAACCUCGUUGCAUUCCCGUUCUCAGACGCCAACCGCGUGAAACUUUAUUUCUCACAGCAAGUCGACCUCGAUCAAGGGAACUCAACCGCAUACCUUACCGGUAUGCCCCCAUUUGUGGAAGACGUGGUCCGCAGCCUCCCCAGUGCAAACGGCCAAACACAUUGUACUUGGAACGACGCUCUAUCUCGUGCACAGUGCUCUUGGAAUGGUCCCGAGCCUCAAGUUGUCCCUAAUGAUGGCACUUCCGAUAUCUCAUCCAACCCUUCAGCCGACUGGGUCUCAUUCAGCACCUCCAAGCCUAACAAUAUCGGCCAGUCUUCGGUGCGCUUCGAGAUUUCAGGCCAGAAUACUCGAUCCUGCCGCAUCAUCAUGGACGAUCACCGUAUCACAAACUUCAGCGUCAUCGGUGGCUCCGCUCAUGACAAGCGCUUCAUCAAGAACUCCCGUGAUGGCAUCAAAGAAAUCCGCCUAUGGAGUCGUUCCUGGCAGAACAAAUGGACUGUUGAUGUUGACUUUGCUGAGCCAGAAGAUGAUACUUCCUUCAUUGGCGAAUCUACUUCAAUCAAGGGGCGUGUUUCCUGUAUAUGGAGCGACAAUAAUACCCCUGGACUCAUUCCUGCUCUCGAUGAAUUGAAGCAUUAUGCUCCUUCUUGGGCGGCUAUUACAAAAUUGAGCGAUGGUUUGGUCGAAGGCUACCGCUAUUUUGAGCUUUAG